GUCGGUUUGCAAAAACUACCUCUACCCAAACAGAACAACAUCCUCUAAAAAAAACACUAAAACCCCCAACAUCUAUUUUCUCUCUCCUCGAAAUUUUUACAGUACCUAAAACCUUUCCCCAAUCCACCGAAUUCUAGGGUUUUAUCGGCGAAGUAGUCACCAUGCCUCAAGGAGAUCACAUAGAGCUUCAUAGGAAGAGAAAUGGAUACCGUCUUGAUUACUUCGAGCGUAAGCGUAAGAAGGCUGCUCGUGAAGUACAUGAACGCUCCAAAUAUGCUCAAAAGGCUUUGGGUAUCAAGGGUAAGAUGUUUGCUAAGAAACGAUACGCGGAGAAAGCUCUAAUGAAGAAAACACUUAAGAUGCAUGACGAAACACCAAGUAGGAGCAAGGUGGAUGAAGUUCAAGAUGGAGCUGUCCCUGCAUAUUUGCUUGAUCGUGAGCAAACGACAAGGGCUAAGAUCCUUAGCAACACAAUCAAGCAAAAAAGAAAAGAGAAAGCUGGGAAAUGGGAGGUUCCAUUACCCAAGGUUAGACCAGUUGCUGAAGACGAAAUGUUCAAAGUUAUAAGGUCUGGGAAAAGGAAGACCAAGCAAUGGAAGAGAAUGAUAACAAAAGCUACAUUUGUUGGUCCUGGUUUCACUAGAAAACCUCCAAAGUAUGAACGGUUUAUCCGCCCAUCAGGUUUGCGGUUCACCAAGGCUAAUGUCACUCAUCCUGAACUGAAAUGUUCUUUUAAUCUUGAGAUAAUUGGAGUAAAGAAGAACCCCAAUGGUCCUAUGUACACUUCCCUUGGUGUUAUGACCAAGGGUACUAUCGUUGAGGUUAACGUGAGUGAGCUAGGUCUGGUCACGCCUGCUGGGAAAGUUGUAUGGGGGAAGUACGCUCAAGUGACAAAUGACCCAGAGAAUGAUGGCUGUAUAAACGCUGUUUUGCUUGUUUAAUCAGGUUUUGUUAGAAGGGUUAGUAAAAUCACCUGUAAUUUUGACAAUUUAUCACUACUAAGUGGGUGAUAACUGUUAUAAAAUGACAUAUUUGUUCCGUGUUUUUUCUGA